UCAGAUUUAUUGCGGACAAAACUGUAAUUCCCGAAUACGCUGCAUUAAAGUAAAACCACUGCAAAAUGGCACAUCUAUGCGGAAUUUAAGCGGAAUGAGCCAGUGGUUCAACGGGGGAGUCCCAUACAAACACAGUUCAUACGACAGCGUCUGCAGACACAAUGCACGAGUGCAAAAUGGCACAUCUAUGCAGAAUUUAAGCGGAAAUGAGCCAGUGGUUCAACGGGGGGAGUCCGAUACAAACACUGUUCAUACGACAGCGUCUGCAGACACAAUGCACGAGAGACCGUGCUUGUCAGGAUUUAGUCCACUCUCGUUCGCUAUUUCAAAAGUGUAGUAUACACACGAACGAGCUGCAGGCCUAUAAUCAAAUGAUGUAUGUAUUUAGCGUUUCUUUAACAUCCGUUGAUGGAUACUCAGCAGGCGGGGACGUCCGAAGCGUUCCUUCCACCUGUCAGCGGAUGGCCCUACGAAGCCCGCUACCGCGACCACCAGGAUCAGGUGGCCAGGAUGCAGGCGCUGGUCAGGGGAUUUCUGGCCAGGCGGAAAUACGCCAAGCUACACGCCCGACCGAAGCCACCGGCGUUGCUGCAGGAGCCGGAAGAGACGCCCGUCUCGCUGGCAGCCAUGGAGGAGGCGUGGAGCUUGCCGAGGUCGCUGCAGGCGCUGCCCAGGCUGCCCGAGCCGGGACCCGGGCGACCUGAGGUGUUGCUGCUUGUCUGCGGGGGGCUGGGUCCCCAAAAGCGCCUGGAGUUCAGCUGCGCUGUACUCGGCUUCGCAGCGGGACAAAUCUGGCGCUGCGACAAGCUUCCGCAGCCUCGUCACCAGCACGCGGCGACCUGUCUGGGCGACUCCCUGUACGUGCUGGGAGGCUUGGACACUCGCAACAGCCGGCGCGGGAUGCGACUGGCCACCAGCGCCUGCUUCCGCUACCGCUUCCAGACUGCGCGUCAGGGGAACAAGGUACCCGGCAAGGUCGUCCAGCCGGCGGGCCGUUGGGAGCGGCUUGCCGACAUGCGCCACGCGCGCAUCAACCACGCCGCGGUGGCCCUCAAAGGGCGCGUGUACGCCGUCGCCGGGCAGGAUGAGUUCGACGUCUUCCUGAGCUCGGUGGAGUGGUACGAGCCCGGCGCGUCGUCUUGGUGCGAGCUGCCGUGGCCGUUGCCGUGCCGGCUGUCGGCCUGCGGGGUGGCCGCCUUCCGUGGCGCCCUGCACGUGGCCGGGGGACUGGUGCAGGCGCCCCGCCACCCGGACUGUCUGUACGUUGUCUCGUCGCUGCUGCGCUGGGACGCCUCCGCUGGCCGCUGGCAGAGGGCAGGGCCGAGCCUACCCUCCGGCAGGGGAUCCCUGGCACUCGUCGAGCACGACGAUUCCCUGUACGCUAUAGGAGGGCUCGCCAGGACAGAGACCGGCCACCUCCGUGUACUCAGUGACGUCAUGGCGUACAACGAGAAGGAUGGAUUUUGGCGCAAAUGUCCAUCUCUGCCAGAGCCACUCCAUGCUUGUCAGGCUUUCUCUCUGGGCGGGCAACUGUUAGUGGUCUCUGGAAGCCGCGUCCUGUGCCUGGAAGACCAGCAGUGGACCUGCAAGGCCAGUCUGCCGGCUCCACUCACAGGAUCUGCCACUGCCAUGCUGCCUUCGCCAACAGUCGCCCUUGCACCGCAAGCCCUCUAGAUGGGCAGCAUGGGCAACACGUUUGCACCGAGCCUGCUAUGCCCAACGGCUCAAUUAGUUUACGAAGCCAUUUAUUUUCUAGUAUGAGUGAUUUAUGUAUAUCAUUAGCAGCACAGUGAAAUAAACAUGCUUUUACGAAAUGA